ACACUGUAAUAGUGGAUUGUACUUCAGCUGGAGCGGCUUGGCAGGUUUAAACACAUCAAAACAGAACAAAGAGACGAGAGACGCUACAGCACUAUAAAAGAAUCUGCAAAAGAAAAGAGAAAAGGGGGAACCGGCGAAAGAGAAAUCUCAGCGGCCAAAUGACAAAAGGAGCGAAUAAAAACCACGGUUAAUAUCUUUCCAUUUGGUGACGUGGGUUCGUUUGGACGGUUUUAAGGACAAAAUAUCACCUUGAUCCACCAGCAGAAGUUUCCUCACGGGGCAAAGUUUUCUUGUUUUGUUUGUUUGUUUGUUUGUUUUUAUUUUUUUUAUUGUUGUUGUUUUUGUUGGAGAUUUUUUCGCAGAGAUUUUUUUUGUUUUUCACAAGAAAUUGCAAAAACAACAUAAGCGAUUACAAGGAAGACUGUUAACGACUUCAGAGGGCUUUCGGACACUGGCUAGGAAAAUAGGAAUUAUCAUUUUAUUCAUCUAUUAUGUUUGAAUUGUACGAAUAUUCAAAUUGCACAGUAUAGAUCACGGAUAUUUUUACAUCCUAUACCUGUGCACACUACACUUUCCUUGGCAUUUGUUGCUCCGCACUUCGAUGGUGUUCGCCCCGAAACCCAACUCAGACUUUUAAAGUUUGAAUAAUUCAUGAGAUACAGUUUGCUUGCAUCGAAAAAAGCGCGCGAGAGAAAGUUUCUGCAAAAAAAAGGGAGGGGGGCUUUAAUCAACUGCUGUUCAUAAGAUUGGCGGAAUGGCCACGGCGGCUUCCAAUCCGUAUUUGCCCAGCAGUAGUAUAUUAUCGUCGGGUUCGAUAGUACACUCGGACUCAGGAGGUGCGGGCAUGCAGCCGGGCAGCGGCGCGGCGACCUCGGUGUCUUCCGGUGGCUUCCGAGGCGAGUCGGCGGUGAAAAUGGUGCAGAGUGACUUCAUGCAGGGGGCGAUGGCGGCAGCGAGCAACGGCGGCCACAUGCUGAGCCACGCACACCAAUGGGUGACGUCGCUGCCUCACGCGGCCGCCGCCGCCGCCGCUGCCGCGGUAGCUGCCGCCGAGGCUGCCUCUCCUUGGUCAACGAGUCCGGUAGGCAUGGCGGCCAGUCCACAGCAACAGCAACAGUCUCAGCAGCAACAACAGCAGGAUGUGAAGAGCAACACGGCGCGCGAGGAUUUGCACACUUCCAGCACGCUCCAUCACCGGCAUUUAGGUCCACACCAGGCGCACGCGGCUCCCUGGGGCGGCGCCGCAGCUGCCGCACACAUCUCCGCCAUUACCGCGAGCCAGCAGCAACAACAACAGCAGCAGCAGCAAUCGCUCAUCUACUCGCAACCCGGUGGCUUCACUGUAAACGGCAUGCUGAGUGGCGGCCAAAGUCUCGUGCACCCUGGGCUGGUGCGAGGCGGCACACCAGAGCUGGAGCACGGCGCGCACCCGCACUCUCACCCUCACCAUCACCACCAUCAGCAUCAUCAUCACCACCACCACCAGCAGCAUCAGCACCAACACCACCAGCAGCAGGCCCACCACGGUCCUAGCAAUCACGAGGCACACUCGGAUGAAGACACGCCGACUUCGGACGACCUGGAGCACUUCGCCAAGCAGUUUAAGCAGAGGCGCAUCAAGCUUGGCUUUACGCAGGCCGACGUGGGCCUCGCGCUCGGUACUCUCUACGGCAACGUGUUCUCUCAGACCACGAUCUGCCGCUUCGAGGCGCUGCAGCUCAGUUUCAAGAACAUGUGUAAGCUCAAGCCGCUGCUGAACAAGUGGCUGGAGGAGGCCGACUCGAGCACGGGAAGUCCGACGAGCAUCGACAAAAUCGCGGCUCAGGGCCGCAAACGCAAGAAGCGCACAAGCAUCGAGGUGAGCGUCAAGGGCGCGCUCGAAAGCCACUUCCUCAAGUGUCCUAAGCCGUCAGCGCAGGAGAUCAGCACCCUGGCCGACACACUGCAGCUGGAGAAGGAGGUGGUGCGCGUCUGGUUCUGCAACCGCAGGCAGAAGGAGAAGCGCAUGACGCCGCCCGGAGUGCCCCCAACGCCGGACGAUGUGUACUCGCAGGUCGGCAACGGACAUUUUUUAGUAGAUUACUUAAAAGAUGCAAGUUUAAACGGGCCGAACGAGGCGGGCGACCAGAAGGUGACAACAACCACACGUUCGUUCCAUCAGGUAAUUCUGGCGCAUUGACAUCAAGUUGGAAAAUUUUCGAAAUCAUUUGAAAAUGAAAUGCCACCCUCCUCCCUCCCUACCCACUACCCCUACACACUCUUGUUUAUGAGAUGGAACCGAAAGCAGGUCAUUGCAUGUAUUGAGAUGGGACGUUAAAACCCUCAGAAAAGAAAAGGGGAUGAAAUUUCGACAGAGAAGAAAAGAACAGCAUCCACGACGCUUCCGACUUAUUUUUUGCAGAGAAGACUGCACGUUAUAAUAUAUUUUCUUUCUUUUUUUUUCUUCACAAAAGACACGGAAUGGGAUAUUUUCCUCCUGCCUUCCAGUCCUCCUAAACACAACAGACAAAAACCCCUUAAAACUGCUCACAUUUUCAGAUCUCUAAGAUCAUAUUUUGUGAACGUUUUUAUGUAAAGGACUUAACGUCACACGGAUGGUUUUUUUUGUUUUGUUUUGUUUUGUUUUGUUUUGUUUUUUGAAGAAAAUACAAAAAAAAAAUCAAAGAGAGACGUUUGAAAAGACUUCGGUUCCUCAGCUGCACUUAUUUGAAAUCCUCUGCGGGAGCUGUGGAUGUUCUCCAUGCUGCCAUUUCCAAGCAGUAUUCUUUGGUAGGUUUUAAUAAACGAGACUAUGUAAAGCCGGCAAUAUAUAGAUUCCUUAGAUCAGACGUUGAUCGGAAUUAUUUACUUUAUAUUUUCAUUCAAAUGCUUUGUUUUAAUAUUUUAUUCGGGAUACAUAUGAACUAUUCCAAACAGUAAUUUAUUUCUCCCCGUUUCAUAACUGUGUAAAAAAAAUGUCCUCUACCCUGUUUUCUUUUUGUUUGUUUUUUUUUUUUUGGACAAUUUGUUUAUUUGUUUCGUUGAAUUUUUUUGUAUUUUUUUUGAACGAGCACAAAUCAAGAUCAG